AUGUAUAAUGUUACACCAGAAGAUGUAUCAGUGAUAAUGAAAUUUUCAUCAAAUGCACCAAUUAUUCGCGUUUCUGCUAAUACAAAUUCAACACUAUCCGUACAAGCUAUUGUUACAAUUAGUAAUAAACAUGAUUUUUCUAUAAAUAAAUAUCAUCCAAAUGUUGGUACACCAACACAAACUUAUCCAGAAUCAUCACAAACAACAAUACAUCAACAAACACAAUUACCAUUAAACAUGGAUUCAAUUUUAAAUGGAACAAAAGGUGCAAUAGUUGAUCGAGAAUAUCCAAAUCAAGAAAUCAAUCCAUCAUCAGCAGCAAUUUUAACUGGCCAUGAUAGAGAAAUAACGUGUUUAUGGAUAUCAGCUGAACUUGGUAUUGUUUUAAGCAGUAGUGAACAAAGUCUUGUACUUCAACAUACACUUAACGUUAUUGGUGGUGAUCGAGGUUUUGUACAAAUCAUUCGAACACAUGAUUUACAACCUGCUUAUGCUUAUUCACAAUGUGAUGUUAGUAUUCGUUCAUUAGCAAUAACUCAUGAUCAAAAGUAA